AUAACACAUAUUAGUAUUCAUAGGUGUAACUAACCAUAUAUCCAUCCCUCCAAAGUUUAGAAGGACGUUGUUCUGUCAUUGCUACUCUAGUUCUUGAAGAUAAGGGUUUGUGGUGAGAGAAUUGUAAAAGAAAACAAUGGGAUCGACAUCGACCAAGAUAAAGUUGAGGACCUCCGACCAAAAGGUUUUCGAGGUGGAGGAAGGGGUUGCAGUCCAGUCUCAGACGAUCAAAUACUUUUACGAAAAUGGUUGCCCCGGCAGCGUCAUCCAUGUCCAUAGCGUCUCCGGCGACAUCUUAUCUAAGAUUCUCGACUACUGCAAGAAGCACGUAAAUUCCACCGCUGGCAAGGAAGACAUCUCCCCUGAGGAACUCUACGAAUGGGAUGCUAAUUUUGUCAAGGUUGACCAAAACACCCUCUUCGACCUCAUCCUGGCAGCCAACUGUUUGAAAAUAGAGAGCUUGUUGGACUUGACAUGCCAAACUGUUGCCAACAUGAUAAAGGGGAAGAGACCUGAGGAGAUUCGCACUACCUUCAACAUCAAGAACGAUUACACCCCUGAGGCAGAAGAGGCUGUUAGGAGGGAGAACAAAUGGGCAUUCGACAUGCUUGGGGUAUGAAGCUUCACCGGUGAUAGGUUCUCAAGUUUGAAAAAGUUACAACAUUGCCCCUUUUUCUUGACAUUUGCUUACAAUCUGUUUCUUGAGGAUUUCAUAUGAGGAUGCCUCUUUUCCAUGCUUAAGUCUUUAGUCUUCAAAUUUGAUUGAAUGUGUUGAUCGAUUUCUUGCUUUACGUUUUGUGGUAUAUACUUAAAAUCAUUGUAGAAACAAACAUCUCUUACACCAUCCUAGAUAACAAUCGAAGUUUAGUUGAUUCAUGUCUUCUUUUCAAGGGUGUUGGAACCAUGGUUAUAAAAGAGUUGGCCGAUGACACGAUGAGCAAGUGCGUUACAAAUGCAAAGUCACUAGUAUGUGUAAUUGCGGAAAAUCAGAUUGUUAUGAUGAGGUCAAUUUCAUAGCUUGCAAACAAGAAAAGCAUUGAUGUAUAUAAGCAACCACAAAAUCCCACAACACCAAGGAUUAAGGAAAGCGUCAAGCAGAUAAAUGUUGGAACUGGUUUUAUUGAACUCUUCUUUCAUUUCAAAUGCAAAAUGUGACCCAUAUUAUGAACCAAGUCCUGAGGCUAAGAUCAAGGACUCUUAAUUUUUCUUGGCAGUUCAUUUAUUCCAGAAAGCCAGGAAUCAGGUUAUAUAUAGCGCUCGAAAACAAGUUUGAAACCCUAUCAUCAGUUUCUCUACACACAACACUUUCAUGACGCUAUCAAGGUAUCUAAAUAUUAAUGUAAUGUCUUACUUCGCAAACAAUAUUA